UUCAUCGCUAUCGUUAUCGGUUGUAACAUUUAACAUUUCCUUAGACUUCUCAAUAAACACCAAGUCGAAAUCGAAUUAAUGAAAGUAAUAGACGCUCUCGUGUAAUGGGUGAUUGAAUAUACGCCACGCUGUUGGUCUUGAUAAUGGACAGCAAUCCAACGGAACUCGGGGCAAAGCCAAGAACCAACAAAAACAAUCAGCAGCGCCGCAACCAAAGCCAACGCAUCGUCCGCAAGGUGCCGCCGCGUGCUGCCAGCGACAGGCGAAAUAUUUAUAUUACCAGCAAGACGGACUUUAAGGCACAGCAGAAGCGAUGCGAGGAUCUGCUCAACGCGGGCGCUAAGGAAAUCUAUUUGCAUUGCAUGGGCUAUUCGAUUACACGUGGCCUCAAUUUGGCAUUGCGUCUGAUCAGGAACUCGGAGGGAGCACUUAGCUACGCGAUAAACACAUCCACCAUACAGCUGGUCGAUGAGCUGCAUCCACUGUGUGAUGAGGACGAUAUAACCUAUCGAAAGCGCAACAAUUCAGCGCUGCACAUCAAAAUCUACAAUAGCAGCCUAUUCGACAUUGUUGUGCCCAAGCUGCCGGCACAGCCAACGCUGCCCGGGACCAGCUACACUGAAUCCAACACAAAGCCAACACAAUCGCAGCGAAAACCGCAGCCGCAGCAGCAGCAACAACAUAAAUCAAAGAAACCGAAACAUAAGUAA